GGCCUCGUCCCCGCCUCUUCCGGCCAUAGGAAAAUCUUCCUAGAGAGGAGCCCAAAGGAAGUGGUGUGGAAACUGGAAGGACUUGGAAGACUCCAAAGAAGGAGUUGAGAAAAAAGGGAAGGAGGCUGCAUCUCUCCCGCCCUGGAGCAUGUGGAGAACCUGGCAAUAGUGGAAGAUCUAACUGCAAAUAUGGGAGGGAAAGACUAUUCCGAGCCCAACCUGGGGAAAGGCCCUUCCUUCAUUCAGGCCAAGCCUAGUGGAGCAUUGGAGGAAAGAGCCACACAGAAGAGCCUGCCGGAGGAAGUGCUCUCUUCAGAUUUACGGAGCCAGCAAUUCAGGGACUUUGGCUACAGGGAGACGUUGGGACCUCGGGAGGUUUGCAGCCAGCUGCACCUUCUCUGCCGCCAGUGGCUCCGGCCAGAAAGACACACCAAGGCGGAGAUGUUGGACUUGGUGGUGUUUGAGCAGUUCCUGGCUCUCCUUCCGCCUGAGAUGUCGUCCUGGGUGAGAGAAUGUGGGGCAGAGACCAGUUCCCAGGCGGUGGCCCUGGCAGAAGGCUUCCUCCUGAGUCAGGCAGAGAAGAGGCAGGAAGAGGAGCAGGAUUUGUUUCUGGAAAGGAUCCCUGAGGUAGAUCAGUGUUUUCCUGAAUCCAGUCAAAGGCAGCAGCCAAGAUGGAUGAUGUGGGACAGCGAACGAAGGUCUCCUUCAAUGAGAGAGGAAACAAGGACUGGGUCUACAAGUAUAAGUGCAUCUCUUCCUCAUGAUGAACUCAGAACAGCAUCUGCAAGAGUACAUCAGGUGACUUUUGAGGAGGUGGCUGUGGAUUUCACGGAAGAAGAGUGGGCUCUGUUAGACCCAGGCCAAAGGGCCCUUCAUCAGAAGGUGAUGGAGGAGAGUUUGGAAAUCCUGUUCUCACUGGGAAGAACUUGUGGAAACAAUUACCUGUCAAGGUUCCAACUUCUGACAGAUCAAAGAAGCACAACAACUGAAAAAACAUUGAAGCGUUUGAAGGGUAAAAAAAGAUUGAGUGAAAAGGCAUUCCUCUCCCGUUACCAUUCAAAUCACACAAAGAAGAAACUAUUUCAUUGUUGGGUCUGCAGAAAGUGUUUCAUUCUGAAGAAUAACCUCCUUUCUCAUCAAGCAACUCACACUGGAGAGAAACCAUUUAAAUGUGCAGAGAGUGGGACCCAUCAUCAAAUAACUCGCACAAGGGAGAUGCAGUUUAACUGCCCAAAGUGUGGAAAAGGCUUUAUUCGGAAGGCACACCUCACUCGUCAUCAAGCAACUCACACUGGAGAGAAACCAUUCAAAUGCCCAGAGUGUGGAAAAGGCUUUAAUCAGAAGGGGGACCUCACACGGCAUCAAGAAACUCACACUGGAGGGAAACCAUUAAAAUGCCCCAAAUGUGGAAAAGGCUUUAGUCGGAAGGUGCACCUCACUCUGCAUCAAGCAACUCACACUGGGGAGAAACCAUUCAAAUGCCUGAAGUGUGGAAAAGGCUUUAAUCAGAAGGGGGGCCUCAUUCAUCAUCAAGCAACUCACACUGGGGAGAAACCAUUCAAAUGCCCCGAAUGUGGAAAAGGCUUUAUUCGGAAGUCACGCCUCACUCAGCAUCAAGCAACUCACACUGGGGAGAAACCAUUCAAAUGCUUGGAGUGUGGAAAAGGCUUUAUUCAGAAGAUGCACCUCACUCUGCAUCAAGCAACUCACACUGGGGAGAAACCAUUCAAAUGCCUGAAGUGUGGAAAAGGCUUUAAUCAGAAGGGGGACCUCACUCGUCAUCAAGCAAUUCACACUGGGGAGAAACCAUUCAAAUGCCCCAAAUGUGGAAAAGGCUUUAUUCAGAAGGCACACCUCACUCAGCAUGAAGCAACUCACACUGGGGAGAAACCAUUCAAAUGCCUGGAGUGUGGACAAGGCUUUAUUCAGAAGUCACACCUCACUCGGCAUCAAGCAACUCACACUGGGGAGAAACCCUUCAAAUGCCUGGAGUGUGGAAAAGGCUUUAUUCUUAAGUCACACCUCACUCGGCAUCAAGUAACUCACACUGGGGAGAAACCAUUCAAAUGCCUGGGGUGUGGACAAGGCUUUAUUUGGAAGGCAGACCUCACCCGGCAUCAAACAACUCACACUGGGGAGAAACCAUUCAAAUGCCUGGACUGUGGAAAAGGCUUUAUUUGGAAGUCACACCUCACUCAGCAUCAAGCAACUCACACUGGUGAGAAACCAUUCAAAUGCCUGGAGUGUGGAAAAGGCUUUAUUCGGAAGUCACACCUCACUCGGCACCAAGUAACUUACACUGGGGAGAAACCAUUCAAAUGCCCGGGGUGUGGACAAGGCUUUAUUUGGAAGGCAGACCUCACUCGCCAUCAAGCAACUCACACUGGGGAGAAACCAUUCAAAUGCCUGGACUGUGGAAAAGGCUUUAUUUGGAAGUCUCACCUCAUUCGGCAUCAAGCAACUCACACUGGGGAGAAACCAUUCAAAUGCCUGGAGUGUGGAAAAGGCUUUAAUCAGAAGGGGGACCUCAAACGGCAUCAAGCAACUCACACUGGGGAGAAACCAUUCAAAUGCCUGGAGUGUGGAAAAGGCUUUAAUCAGAAGGGGGACCUCAAACGGCAUCAAGCAACUCACACUGGGGAGAAACCAUUCAAAUGCCCCGAAUGUGGAAAAGGAUUUGUUCAGAAGGCAGACUUCACUCUGCAUCAAGUAACUCACACUGGAGAGAAACCAUUCAAAUGCCUGGGGUGUGGACAAGGCUUUAUUUGGAAGGCAACUCAAAACGGGGGAAAACCAUUCAAAUGCACCGAAUGUGGAAAAGGCUUUAUUCAGAAGUCACACAUCACAUAGCAUCAAGUAACUCACACUGGAGAGAAACCAUUCAAAUGCCUGGGGUGUGGACAAGGCUUUAUUUGGAAGGCAGACCUCACUCGGCAUCAAGCAACUCACACUGGGGAGAAACUAUUCAAAUGCCUGGAGUGUGGAAAAGGCUUUUUUUGGAAGUCACACCUCACUCGGCUUCAAGCAACUCACACUGGGAAGAAACCAUUUAAAUCCUCGGAGUGUGGAAAAGGCUUUAUUCGGAAGACACAUCUUACUUGGCAUGAAGCAACUCACACUGGGGAGAAACCAUUCAAAUGCCCAGAGUGUGGAAAAGGCUUUAAUCAGAAGGUGCACCUCACUCUGCAUCAAGCAACUCACACUGGGGAGAAACCAUUCAAAUGCCUGGAGUGUGGACAAGGCUUUAUUUGGAAGUCACACCUUACUUGUCAUCAAGCCACUCACACUGGGGAGAAACCAUUCAAAUGCCUGUAGUGUGGACAAGGUUUUAUUUGGAAGUCACACCUCACUUGCCAUCAAGCAACUCACACUGGGGAGAAACCAUUCAAAUGCCUGGAGUGUGGACAAGGCUUUAUUUGGAGGGCAGACCUCACUCGGCAUCAAGCAACUCACACUGGGGAGAAAACAUUAAAAUGCUCCAAAUUUGGAAAAGGCUUUAUUCGGAAGACACGCCUCACUGUGCAUCAAACCACUCAUACUGGAGAGAAACCAUUCAAAUGCCUGGAGUGUGGAAAAGGCUUUAAUCAGAAGGGGGACCUCACUCGGCAUCAAGCAACUCACACUGGGGAGAAACCAUUCAAAUGCCUGAAGUGUGGAAAAGGCUUUAUUCAGAAACCACAUCUCAUUUGGCAUCAAGCAACUCACACUGGGGAGAAACCAUUCAAAUGCCCAGAGUGUGGAAAAGGCUUUAAUCAGAAGGUGCACCUCACUCUGCAUCAAGCAACUCACACUGGGGAGAAACCAUUCAAAUACCUGAAGUGUGGAAAAGGCUUUAAUCAGAAGGGGGGGCAUCACUCAUCAUCAAGCAACUCACACUGGGGAGAAACCAUUCAAAUGCCCCGAAUGUGGAAAAGGCUUUAUUCAGAAGGCACACCUCACUCAGCAUGAAGCACUCACACUGGGGAGAAAACAUUCAAAUGCCCAGAGUGUGGAAAAGGCUUUAAUCAGAAGGUGCACCUCACUCUGCAUCAAGCAACUCACACUGGGGAGAAACCAUUCAAAUGCCUGGAGUGUGGACAAGGCUUUAUUUGGAAGUCACACCUUACUUGUCAUCAAGCCACUCACACUGGGGAGAAACCAUUCAAAUGCCUGUAGUGUGGACAAGGUUUUAUUUGGAAGUCACACCUCACUUGCCAUCAAGCAACUCACACUGGGGAGAAACCAUUCAAAUGCCUGGAGUGUGGACAAGGCUUUAUUUGGAGGGCAGACCUCACUCGGCAUCAAGCAACUCACACUGGGGAGAAAACAUUAAAAUGCUCCAAAUUUGGAAAAGGCUUUAUUCGGAAGACACGCCUCACUGUGCAUCAAACCACUCAUACUGGAGAGAAACCAUUCAAAUGCCUGGAGUGUGGAAAAGGCUUUAAUCAGAAGGGGGACGUCACUCGGCAUCAAGCAACUCACACUGGGGAGAAACCAUUCAAAUGCCUGAAGUGUGGAAAAGGCUUUAUUCAGAAACCACAUCUCAUUUGGCAUCAAGCAACUCACACUGGGGAGAAACCAUUCAAAUGCCCAGAGUGUGGAAAAGGCUUUAAUCAGAAGGUGCACCUCACUCUGCAUCAAGCAACUCACACUGGGGAGAAACCAUUCAAAUACCUGAAGUGUGGAAAAGGCUUUAAUCAGAAGGGGGGGCAUCACUCAUCAUCAAGCAACUCACACUGGGGAGAAACCAUUCAAAUGCCCCGAAUGUGGAAAAGGCUUUAUUCAGAAGGCACACCUCACUCAGCAUGAAGCACUCACACUGGGGAGAAAACAUUCAAAUGCCUGGAAUGUGGAAAAGGCUUUAUUGAGAAGAUGCACCUCAGUCUGCAUCAAGCAACUCACACUGGGGAGAAACCAUUCAAAUGUGGAAAAGGCUUUAUUCAGAAGGCACACCUCACUCAGCAUGAAGCAACUCACACUGGGGAUAAACCAUUCAAAUGCCUGGAAUGUGGAAAAGGCUUUAUUCAGAAGGCACACCUCACUUGGCCUCAAGCAACUCAUACUGGGGAGAAACCAUUCAAAUGCCCAGAGUGUGGAGAAGGCUUUAUUCGGAAGUCACAUUUCACUUGGCAUCAAGGAACUCAUACUGGGGAGAAACCCUUCAAAUGCCUGGAGUGUGGAAAAGGCUUUAUUCAGAAACCACUCCUCAUUUGGCAUCAAGCAACUCACACUGGGGAGAAACCAUUCAAAUGCCCAUAGUGUGGAAAAGGCUUUAUUCGGAAGACAGACCUCAGUCGUCAUGAAACAGUUCACACUGGGGAGAAACCAUUCAAAUGUCUGGAGGAUGGGAUGAGUGUUAUUCGGAAGAUAGAUCUGACUUGCCAUGAAACAGUUCACAGUGUAGAGAAGCCAUUUCAGUGUCCGGAAUGUGGGAAAGGUUUCACUCAGAAGGCAUCCCUCACUCAGCAUCAAGCCACUCAUGGUGUAGAGGAAUUAAUGGGAAAAUGGGAAAUCUCCACAGGCUUUUGGAAGAGUGACCCUUUUGUAGAUCAAUUAGUAUUCAUACUAUUUGGUAUAAUAACCGUUUGGAAAGGCAUGACCUUGUGAGAGAUUGUAACCUUUGGUAAAGUAUGGUCUUCCUGAGAAGAGUUAAAAACUCACUUGUGUCAGGAUCACCGUAGUAGCCUGGGACUGGCUGCUUUGGUUCUCUGCCAUAAAAAGGGAGGUGGUGGGAAAAGAAUUAGGAAUUGCAGUUAACAGACUGUGGACACAGUGUUUGGCCACUAAAGGGCGGAUGGGAGUUAGAUUGCUAUAUUACAGGAUGUUUCGAGUGAGAAAUCCUUUAGAGCUGUUAUUCAGUGAUUUUGGAAAGACAGAAUAAAUCAGUUGUCUUCAGCGAA